GGCAGCUUGAUGGGAAACAACAAUGACACAGCGUAUAAUGAAAAUAAUGCUGACACCGGCACCAACAAUUCUGAUGUGAGCCAUCUAGAGACAUGUAAUGAGAAUGAAACCAACAUUACAGGUAGUAUUAUAGCACAAUGUGUAGACUGCGCCAUUGUUGCAGAUGUUGAUGUACUCAUUGACACACCUGCUAAUAUGGCAGGGUGUAUGGAAGACGAGGCUGGUGAUAAGAGUAAGGCGUCACAGAUAUUGAAUGAUUUUAUGGGCAACACACUACAAAAUCUAUCGUUUUUGGGUCUAAGUAUAGAAAAUCUUGGCGAGAAAAUGAAAGUCUUUGGAAACAACCUUAUUGCCAGCUAUAAUCAGCGGAUUAGUUCGUUAAAUGAGGCAAAAAGAGGGGCUGAAGAUAAAGCCAAUCAGGUUGUACUACAGAAGAGCAGAGAAUUCGAUGAACUGCAGUGCUUAACCAAAAAUCUUUGCGGUUCUAUUUUAAACCAGCAGUACAAUUUAAUAUCUAAUGCGAUAGCAAGUUUGCCACUAUCUAGUAUUUCCAGCACACUUGGCAGCCUGAGUCUUUCGCUAGACCUGCACAUUGAUCGAAACCUCCAUAUGAUCAAUGAAAGGGAUAGUAUUAUUCAAGACAAAAAAAGAGAAGUAGAUAACAUGGCAGGCGAAAUGGAAAUUCUUAAGACAAAAACAAGAAUGUUAGAGGAAAGUGGCGAUUAUCUCCACAAACAAAAUGGUAGAUUGAAGGAAUCCAAUAGUCUUUAUUUUGUGGCAAUCAAUGUAAUUUCAGCUAUUUGUAGUAAUCUAAAGAAGUCCACCGAGGAUCUUUCUGCUUUUCAAAAUGAGUUUUAUAGCUCCUUUACUUCUCUCCAUGCUAUGCUUACCGAGCAGUCUAGCUUCUUAAGAUAUGAGCUAAGUAAAAUUAGUGAAAAAUUAAAUUUUCUCAACGAAUCAUUAUCAAAGUUGAAUGUCUCUAAAAUAAAAGAUUACACCCUCGAUUGCAUUGGAGAGAUUCAAAAUCAAUAUAGCGCGGAAAUUGGUCAUCUCACAUCAAUUAAUCGGGAGCUGAUUGAUCAAGUAUCUGCUCUUAGAUCUGAUAUUUCCGAACUGCAAGCAAAAAACGACGCCUUGCUUCUGACGAACAAUGAAAUCAAGGAGGAAGUUGAGUUGAAAGAAUCCUACUCCAAGGAAUUGGAAAAGUCGACAGAUGAGUUAAUGAAGUCUAACAAGUUCUAUGAAGACCAGCUGAUUACAUCAGACAAUAUUAUUAAGUCUCUCAAAGAAUCAAAGAUGAGAACUAGCUUGGAGUUUUCAGCUGAGAUUGAAAAGAUCAGGAAAGUGUACCUGAAAGAGAAUGGACUGUUGAAGCUACGCGUUGAAGAGUUAGAAAACGAACUUUUUCUGAGAAGCAAGCAUAGUGCCAAAGAUGAUUGA